AUGUCCGAUUAUGAGGCAGCAUCCUCCAACCCGUCUAAGCGGCAGAGAACAGACACCAGCUCCCAUCAAAACUCCCUGUCGUAUGAUGACUAUACUGUUGGCUGGAUAUGUGCUCUCUCGGUCGAGUUGGCAGCCGCAGAGGCCAUGCUAGAUCACGUCCACUGCCCGCUUCCAAACAAGCAAGAUGAUACGAAUGCCUACACCUUCGGCAGCAUUGGUAGCCACAACGUUGUCAUCGCUUGCUUGCCAGCAGGGUACUAUGGCACCAACAAUGCAGCCAACGUGGCAACGAACAUGCAGAGAAGCUUCCGCCAUAUUGACAAAGGUCUGUUGGUUGGCGUCGGUGGCGGUGUCCCUGAUUCAACGGACAUCAGGCUGGGCGAUGUCGUGGUCAGUUUUGAAGUUGUGCCGUACGACUUGGGCAAGGCCAUGCCCGACGGCCGCUUCUUCUGGACAAGCAUCCCUCGGCGGCCGGCGCAGUCUCUUCUAACAGCAAUUGCAAAGCUCAGGGCAAGUCAUGAUCGGGCGCCGAGCAGACUUCCCGACAUCAUGGCCGAGAUGCACCAUCGCCAUCCGCACAUGACCAGAUAUAGGCGCCCCAAAUUGAAGGACAAGCUAUUUGCCACUUUAUACAACCAUGUUCAACCCUUGCACGGGUGUGAGAACUGCGACGAGUCGCAGAUCCUGCCACGAAGACCGCGAGAAACAGAACUCCCUGAGAUUCACUAUGGCCGGGUCGGAUCAGGAAAUCAAAUAGUCAGAGAUGGCCUCACACGAUCCCAGCGGUCAAAGGAGCUUGAUGUUUUGUGUUUUGAAACUGAGGCAGCUGGUGUGAUGGAUAUCAUCCCUUGCCUUGUGGUGCGUGGCAUAUGCGAUUACUCGGACUCUCAUAAGAACAAACAAUGGCAGCACUACUCGGCUGCGGUAGCGGCAGCAUAUUCUAAAGAGCUUUUAUUAAUAACACAGGACACUGAUUCCAACAACAUCCUCCUGGCAGCGGAUUCCGCAAUUUCGGCGGACCAUCAAAACAGAUGGCUAGAGGCUUUGUCAUUUGGAUAUAUUGAUAGCCGCCGGAGAGCCGUCAAAGCUGCACAUGCAAAGACUUGCGAAUGGUUUCUAAAAGACCCUAGGUACCUGGCUUGGCAGGAUCCCGCGAGCUUUGAUGAAAACCACGGGUUCCUCUGGGUCAUUGACAAAUGGAGAGAAACUGCGGAUACUGCUGUGACAUCGUUCUUUUUCAAUGCGACAGGGGAGGAGCUGGAGAAGUCAACAACUGGGAUGUAUCGAUCUCUGCUCCUGCAAGCAUUAGAAAGCUUUCCGAGUCUACAACAUAUUCUAAAACGCCUCACAACGUUUCCUAAGACGCAAAAUAGCAGUUUCUUGGAUGUUGAGAUACUUGAAAAACUCUUCAACAGCCUGGUCCAAGCCCUCGGAGACAAAACCCUGUUCUGCUUCAUUGAUGCUUUGGAUGAGUGCGAUCAGGAGCAAAUUCUGAAGAUGGUAGAAUCGUUUGAGACGCUCGGGGAGCUUGCCUCUCGGAACAAGACCAAACUCUACGUCUGUUUUUCAAGCCGACCUUACCCAUAUAUUGAAGUGGAGAGAGGGCUCCGACUCCAGUUAGAUGCCCAGGAAGGCCAUGCCUCGGACCUGGAGAGUUAUGUGCGCAGCAAGCUACGCGCAGGUCGGGGGAAGAUGGCUGAAGAUAUUAUUCAGGACGUUCUUUCUAGAGCUUCUGGGGUCUUCAUGUGGGUUGUCCUUACCGUGGAGAUUCUCAAUCAAGAGAUUAGAGAUGGUCGCAUCUUUGCCUUGAAACGACGUUUGCAUGAGUUACCUAGCGAUCUAAGCCACGUCUUUCGCCAAAUUCUUACGCAAGACGAACGUAAUAUCAACGACAUGCUACUCUGCAUCCAGUGGAUAUUGUUCUCGCGUCGGCCACUCACGACCAAGGAGUUUUACACUGCUGUGUCCUUUGGACUGAAUCCAAAGCCGGAGACUGUUGUCCCGUGGGACCCGGGGCAGAUAACUGGGGAUGUCAUGGCUCGACUGGUAUCUAGUUCAUCGAAAGGUCUAGCCGAAAUCACUAAAUCCCAGAGCCCAACAGUCCAAUUCAUCCAUGAGUCGGUCCGUGACUUCUUAAUUAAGGAGAACGGGAUCGGAGAAAUUUGGCCAGAUCUUAAAGAGGACUUUGAAACUAAAAGUCAUGAUCAACUGAAACAAUACUGCGAAGCAUACUUGAAGGUUGAUAUUUCCAACUUUCUCCCCUUCAAAGACGGCCUCUCCUCUAUGGAACUAGCCUUUUCCUUCCCAAUGCUUGAAUACUCGACUUCGUUCAUUCUUGAGCAUGCGGAAGCAGCCAGCCAAUCCAUUACCCAAGGCGCGUUUCUGGCAGAUUUCUCAAGUAGUGGGAAGUGGCCCCUAUGGAUUAAUCUGCAUAAUGUGUUUGACAUGCAUGGAACUUUCCCCUAUUCGUCCUACGCAGAUCUGGAGUACGUUCUUUGCGAACGAGGUCACACAGGGCUCUUUCGCACAAUCUUUCGUCCAGACUUUCGCAAACUUGCUUCAGGGGGGCGAUACUCCACAUCUUUGAUUGCCUCCUCGGCGUCGGGCAAUCUGGAAAUAAUGAAAACUCUAUUAGCAGCUAGCCUUGAUGGUUUGAAUCAUCAAGAUCAAGAGGGAUCAACUGCGUUAGCUGUGGCAGCCAAAACAGGGCAGGUGUUGAUGACAAAAGCCCUUCUGGGGGCAUCUGGGGUAGCGACCAACAUAAAGGAUAAGCAUGGAAAGACUCCCCUAUUAUGUGCCGCCGAACUAGGUCAUAAAGGAUGCUUGAGGCUGCUGCUAGGAGUCAAUGGCAUCGACCCCGACUCGAAGGAUAACCUUGGCCAAACACCGCUAUCGUGGGCUGCUCGAAACGGCCACGAAGAAUGCGUCACGCUUUUACUAGCUGCAAAAGGGGUCGACCCUGAUUCACAGGACAAUAACGGGCGGACACCCCUCUCUUGGUCCGUGGCAAACGGUCAAGUGAAGUGCACGCGGCGACUAUUGAUGGCUGGGGCGAGCCCUGAGUUGAAGGACAACUCCGGAUGGACGCCUCUAGCAUGGGCAGCGGCAAUGGAGGAGCUGGCCUGUGUGGACCAGCUUCUUGAAGCUGGUGCUAAUCCGAAAUCGACGGACGACGACGGAUGGACACCACUGUUAUGGGCGGUAGCGAAUGGAUAUGCGUACAUUUUCGAGGACACUGAAUUAGAGCAAUAG